AUGUUGCAAUCCUUCAGCCUCGACGAGGCCCGGUGGUCUUUGAUGCUGAUCAUGCCAAUCGCGGCGCUCUGUACUCUCCUCGCAUACCUCAUAGGAUACGCCAUCUACCAGCUCUACCUCAACCCACUGCGCAAAUUCCCCGGUCCAAAAUUAUGGUCAAUCUCCUCCAUCCCCUACGUCCGCGAAUUCAUCGCCGGCACCUGUCACCUCACGAUCCUCCAACUCCAUCAAAAGUACGGCCCCAUCGUCCGGGUAGGCCCCAACCACCUCUCCGUCAACCACCCGGACGGCAUGGCAGAGAUCCGAGGCCACCGCAAGAGCUUCACCGGAGAGAACGGCAAAGACCCCGUCAACGCCCUGCCGAACCGCGACAACAUCAUCGGCGCCGACCGCGGGGACCACAGCCGCUUCCGCAGGGCGCUGGCGCACGGGUUCUCGGCGCAGUCUAUGCUCGCGCAGCAGCCUAUUAUCAAGGGGUACGUCGAUACCCUCUUUGAGAAGCUGCGGGAGGCAUCGCGGGGUGGCGAGCAGACGGUGGACGUGGAGAAGUGGUUCAACUUUACCACGUUUGACGUUAUUGGCGACUUGGCGUUUGGAGAACCCUUUGGGUGUCUUGAGGAUAGCACGUAUCACCCUUGGGUCGACCUCAUCUUUAAGAGUAUCAAGAACAUGGCCAUGUUGACGAGUUUCCGGCGUCUGCCGUGGCUGAAGCCGCUUCUCAUGUUGACGCUUCCUAGGGAGCUAAUGGGUAAGUAUGCUCAGAACCGGGAGCUAUCGAGGGAGAAGUUGCGGAAGAGGCUGGAGCUUGGGAAGAGCCGGCCUGAUUUCGUGGAUGCAAUGAUCAGGAAGUCAGAAUCAGCAGGACAGGCCAUGUCGUUCGAAGAGAUGACCUCCAACGCCAUGGUUCUCAUCAUCGCCGGGUCGGAAACGACAGCCACGCUGCUGACGGCGGCAACGUACUUCCUCGCAACCAACCCACACGUGUUAGCCAAGCUCAACGACGAGGUCCGAUCGGCAUUCACGACGGAGGACGAGAUCGAUAUGCUCAGCGUGCAAAACCUGCCGUACCUCCUGGCCGUCUUGGACGAGAGCUUGCGGAUGUUCCCGCCGGUACCUGGUCCCAGCCCGCGAGCCAUUGGCGAAGGGGGCGAUACGAUUCUCGGCGAAUUUAUUCCGCAAGGUACUGUAGUGGAUACCUGGCAUUGGUCAGUCUACCAUAACCCCGACCACUUCGCAAUGACGGAGGAGUUCAUCCCGGAGCGAUUCUUGGGGGACCCGCGGUUUGCAAAUGAUGCCAAGCAGGCUCUGCAACCGUUUUCCAUCGGUCCUCGCAACUGCAUUGGGAAGAAUCUUGCCUAUGCCGAGAUGAGGUUGAUCCUCGCGAGACUGAUCUGGAACUUCGAUAUCCGCCCAGCAGCGGAGACAGCGAACUGGUACGCUGAGACAAAGGUCUACAUUCUAUGGGAGAAGGGCGGCUUGGAUGUCCAUCUGACACCCCGGGUUUUGAAAGGCUGA